AUGAAAAAACUAUCUCAAUUAAAUAAAUAAACUCGAAAUUUUUUCUUUGAUAAAUUAUAAUUACUUUAAACUUUGUUAGUUAUUUGGUUUGUCUAUUAAAUAAAUUAAAUAUUAAACUCAAAUUCAAAGUCUUAAAAUUAAUAUUAAAUUAAUAAAAAAAAUAAUGAAUACCUUUUUGAAUAUGAUUACAAAAUUGGAUGGAUUCUUUGUUUCUUUCAGCCCUUCAUUUGGGUUGACAGAAUAAAGAGUAUUUAUAAAUCAGUUUUUGGUGAAAUGGCAACAAUAAUAAUCUUGGCAUUUGUAUUUGUUUAUUCAUUAAAUUAAUUAAUGAUAUGGGGAUCAGGUUAAAUGAUAUAUAAAGUUUUAACAUAAUAAAAACUCAUUAGUGAAGGAAGUUAUUUAGAAUAAGUUUUCUUAAAAAAAGAUCCCCAUCAAUUUGUUGAUUUAGUCUUUAAUAGUACAAUAAAUCCGUUUGAUAACAAUUAAAUGACUAUUAUUCCAUUACUUUCAAUCUCUAAGGAAGGAAUGGGUUAUUAGUUAGAUUAUUAAGUACAUGAAUAAUAGAAAACUAUACAAGUGGAUUUGAAUAAUUUACUUUAUAAUGCUUUUACAAUACAAACAUCUAUUGAAUUACCACUAGAUACAAUUUUUAGUAGCGAAUUAUAAAUUUAUACAAAUUACGAAUUGAUGGAAAUAAAUUUAGGAUAUUUAUUUGAAUCAUCCGAAGAGUAUAUAAUAAACAAAGGAUAUACUUCUUCAAUUUAUACUUAUUCUAAAGAUUAUUAUACAAAAUUGUACUACAAUUAUUUUGGUAAUAAAGAACCAAUAGCUUCAAUUACUUUGGAAAUGGAUAUUUCAAUUUCGUAUGUAAGGAAUUAAUAUCCAACCAUAAGCAAGUUUUGGCUAACAUAGGUUCAAUAAUUUAAACAAUAUUAUUAAUUAGAUACUUAUGUUAUGCUUUGA